AUGAAGGCACUUAGUCAUUGGCCAACCAGUCGUCUGCCAACCCAUCAUCCACCAACUAGUUCUAAGCCAAAUAGCCCUAGCCAACCAGGCACGAAUCAACUGGGUAUGAAUCAAUCAAGCUUAUCAGACAUGAACCAGUCAGGCAUGAUCUUACUUGGUAUGAACCAACUGGACAUGAACCAACCAAGCCUGAGCCAAUCAAUCAUGAGUCAGCCAGGCAUGAGGCAACCUGGCCCGAGCCAAUCCAGCACAAGUCAACCAGGCGCGAGCCCAUCAGGCACAAGCCAAACAGGCAUGAGCCAAACAGUCAGGAGACAAUCAAGCAUGAGGCAACCAAGUGUGAAUUCUUUCCAAGAAUUGGCUGCCUGUGAAAACAUGCUAGAUGCAAUGAAGUUAACAGCAAAGGAUGUACUCAGGGGUGGCUUUGGGGAUGAUCCCCUUUUCUACUGCUUGAUUGCAGAAGUACACAAUCAUCAAAAACCAUCAGGCAAAGUGACUGUUGGAUUUGCCAUGUACUACUUUACAUACGACCCCUGGAUUGGCAAGUUACUUUACCUAGAGGACUUUUAUGUCAUACAAGCUUACCAAGGUCUAUGUAUUGGAGCUGAAAUGCUGAAGAGGCUAAGUCAGAAAGCCAUCAGAAACCAGUGUAACUGCAUGAACUUUUUGGUCAUCAUUUGGAACCAGGCUUCUACUGACUACUACACUCGUCAAGGGGCUUUAGACCUUUCCUCCGAGGAGGGCAGGCAUCUGUUCAGGUUUAACAGAGAAGAACUCAUGGACAUGGCAGGGGAAGAGUGAAAGAUGAUGCAUCACAAAUUGUCCCAAUACAGGCUCCAACAUUUAAAUGUCACCUGAGUCCAACAGCAGUUUGAUUUU